AUAUAUUUAUAUAUUUCUUUCUCCUAUUCAGACUCUUAUUUUGUCGUGCGCAAUGUGUGCACUACAUGUACACAAAAUCUCUGACGUUGUCUUGUUGUGGCUACAGAGAGGAGGAGCUCGGAUUAAGUUUUCAUAUAAUCCUCUCUGUAACAUAACGGUAACCUGAUUGUAAUUAGCGCCUUUUGAUGGCUCGUUUUCACUGAAUGCGGUUUACUAAUAACGUAAUUCCACUAGGAAUAAUGGCAUACACGAAGAAAAGUAAGAAAAAAAAGGUUAGCUAGAUAAAUAGCUAGAUUUUGUGUAACGGCGGCUAGCUAGCUGGCGAGCUGAACGCUUAGCUAGUUCACAGUAAACAAACCCGGGUUAUUACAGUAAACAAACCCGGGUUAUUCCCGUCACCAGUCCGACUAUGUUAGUGAAUCCCACCCGAGGAUAUCACUGGUCAGACGCGGAGACCAGAGCACUACUGACUAUUUGGGGUGAACACGAUGUGCAAACGGCGCUGGACGGAAACUUCCGAAACAGUCACGUUUACCGCGAUGUAGCUGGUCGUUUGGGGGACAUGGGAUACGAUCGGACCCCGGAUCAGUGCCGGGUGCGAGUUAAGAGCCUGAAAAGACAAUACUUCCAGGCGAAAAAGGCCUCGAAGAAAAACGGCCACUAUGCGAAGAUCUUCAGGUUUUAUAAAGACAUGGAGAGAAUCCUGAGCACCAGGUCGUCAGCAGGGUUGGAUGCUCAUGAUUUAGACGGCGUUGGUGCUGAAGGUGACGAGACCCUAGACGGCACUGAAGAAGAUGGAGAGAGUUUGGACCACCCGCACGAAUCCGACGUGGACGGUGCAGGAGAAUGUUCAAACAUGGAAUAUCCUGUAAAGAUAGAGUACCCACCUUACCCCAUCCCAGUGACCGUGAGCAGCUGCAGUAAUGUACCGGAUAUUCCGUCAAGGCAAGUCGAAGAACAGACCACCGCCGUGCCGUCCUCUGCAGGAAGCAGGCGGCACAAAAAGCGUUUCGCGAACCUGUCGCUGGAGAAACUUAUGGAGAAGUUCCUGGAACAGAGUUUAGAGUCAGAGGAGAACUUCUAUAGACUCGAGGAGCAGCGGCUCCAAGCCGAGGAUAUUCGCAGGGAGACGGAACACACACGAGAGAUGCACAUGUUGCAGAUGCUGGGACAGAUGUUUGCUGGUCUCACCACACCCACGGCCACACCGUCGUCUGCCCCUCGGUCCACUCAGAACUCCAAUAGCGGCCCGUCUGUAACUCAUGCACGUCCAUUUCGUGGCAGCCACAGCCAUCAAACCCGCCAUGUUGAUUACGCCACCCCAAGUCCGCCAGCUGCUCCAGUUAUAGAGCGAACGUUUUCCCUGGGUGGGGUCGCACACAGGACCAUGGACAUCCUGCCACUGGUUAAAAAUACCAUUCCUCCGCUGACGUCUAAAAAGCACAAGGGUCAAGAUGGCCGCAUAGGAGUCAUUGGAGGAUGUCAAGAGUACACUGGAGCACCUUACUUUGCUGCCAUUUCUGCACUGAAAAUAGGUGCGGAUCUUUCCCACGUGUUCUGCACCAAAGAUGCUGCCACUGUGAUUAAAUCUUAUAGCCCUGAGCUCAUUGUUCAUCCCAUUUUAGACAGUCCCAAUGCUGUGCAGGAAAUAGAGAAAUGGCUGCCAAGGCUCCAUAGUUUGGUGGUUGGUCCAGGCUUGGGAAGAGAGGACAAGCUUCUUAAUAACGCUAAGGAGGUUAUUGAAAAGUCCAAAUCAAGAGGAAUUCCAAUAGUCAUCGAUGCAGAUGGACUUUGGUUAGUUUCCAAAGAUCCAUCAGUCAUUCGGGGUUAUCAAAGAGGAAUCCUAACGCCCAAUUUCAUGGAGUUCAGUCGUCUCUAUGAGGCAAUGCACCAUCAGCCCCUGGACAGCACCGACCUCAGGUUUACUGCCCAGCAGUUGAGCAUCGCACUGGGCAAUGUGACCUUGGUUCUUAAAGGGGAAGAGGACAUAAUCACUGACGGCAGCCAGGUGAUAACCUGCAGUCAGGAGGGAAGUGGGCGUCGCUGUGGAGGACAGGGAGAUCUGCUGUCUGGCUCUCUAGGAGUCUUCUCUCAUUGGGCUUUCAGUUCAUCGCUAAAUGCAACUGAAGGUAUUAAUCCUACACUAGUGGCUGCUUUCGGUGCUGCCUCUCUGACCAGGCAGUGUAACAAUCAAGCCUUUCUCAAGUACGGCCGUUCCACCACCACUUCUGACAUGAUCCAGGAGAUCUGUGCUGCCUUCAAGAAGCUGUUUGAAACCUGAACUUCUUUGUACGCAUUCUAUGCUUUCAGCUUCUUCCCAGCUCGGUGCACCCACGUCUGAAGAACAGUUCAAAUGCACAGUUCCUACGGGUUAGUUUGUCUAAAAAAAAAUUUUGGUGUCCACCACUGUUCACAUCUUCCUGCUUUACAUUUUUCCAUCACUCUCCUGCUCAAAACAGCUCCUGAAACUGAGCUACAUGGCAACACAUGUACUGUACUUUUUUUUGUGAACAGAUGACAGUGAGAUUUACCCCAAACGUGUCUAGUUAGUCGACCUGAUGUACUUUGUGGCAAGACUAAAAGCAGAUGGUGCACUUAAGUCAUUGACACGAUCUAUCGUAGAUUAAACAUAAUUGUAUCACAGUUAACUGUUGAAUUCUAUAAUCUGAUUGUUCAGAAGGUGUUGAUUGAUUUUCUAUAACAGCAGCUCUUACAGUAAUUCCUGUCACACGUUUAAAAGAAUGCACUUAUUCUAAUACAAUAGCUUUUCUAUAGUAAAUUGCACAGGAUCUUGUGUGCUGGAUGUUCCACACAUGUGUUUUUAAAUUAUUUUUUAAGGUGUCUAAUUGUUUACUUGUGAUUAGACACAGGAAAGCCUUCGCAUCAGAGGAUGUCUAUAAAAUGUCUUCUCUAAAACGUCAUCUUAAUUCCAGCAAAGAGAGAAAAAGAAACGCUGAUGAGGGAUUGACUGCUUAUAGCUCCUAUAAGCAAUAAGAGCAACUGAUUUAUUUUCCCAACAAUAAACAUGUCUGAGCAUAAAGUAUGACAUGUCCUCCUUUUAUAUAAAUAAGCUGUGUGCGGAUUUUUAAAAAAUAUAUAUUUAUUUUAUUUUAUUUUGUUUGCUUUGGUAAAAGAAAUAAAACACUGGCAGGUUUUGGAAGAUAAUUGGGCACUGAUUAUAUGUCUUCAUUUUUAUUCCUUAUUUAGUAUUUAAAACUGCUCCUCUAUUCAAAUGAGCUUUUUAUAGAUAGCAAGUCUCUAAUCCCCUGGCAAGUCAUUCAUUCCUCCAGAUCUUUCUUUCUUGACAGAGAAAUGUUGACAUAAGCUACCAAAGAAGAUGGUUGCUUUGUAUAAAGCAACCAUCAGUGCAACCAUCAGUUCAUAACAAACCCCAUGCACACCAAAUACACAGGUGACAUACCCAGUAUCUUUCACAAGAAUAGAUGGUGCUCUAUGAUGAUAUUUUAAUAGGUGUGUGUGUGCGCACGUGCGCAUAGGUGAGUGUAGGUGAGUAUGGGUGGUUGUGUGUAGGUGGGUGGAGAGAGAAUCCUAAAGUUUUAGUACUAGCACAUUUUGUGCUACAGCCCUUGUUGUGAUAGAAAUACAUCACUGACCUGAUUAAACAUAUAUCAAAUAUUUUGUUAUUAUUUUGUAUGAUUAUUUUGUCCUUUGUUUUGCUGUAGGUCGUCGUCCCAAAACCCCCGGCUUAUAAACCAUUUGUACGUAAAGUGUUUAAAAGUAAAUCCUGAAGCAAAUGUUGUUCUCUGUACAGAAAUUUAACAAGACCUUUAAUUCCUCCCAUUGCCCUCACACAGUGUCUGUGUAGAUCCUGAUAUAUUUUGUUAAUAGAUUGAAGUUUCAAAUGACUGAACAUCAAAACAAUAGCAGUGGGAAUAUGUUGCUUCAUUCCAAGAAUGUACAUGCAGUUUGUGUUAGACAUUUAUAAGAUGCACUUCUUUUGAACCAUUUGGCUUUUUUAUUUAUUACACACACAAAAACACCUACAUAAGUACAGAAAAAUCACAUUCCGUGACUUCCUCAAUGGCACACGCCGUUCAGACUUCAGGUUCAAUAACAUCCCCAAUAUCUCACCUCACGAGUAGUGUAUAAACUUUGUUUAUUUUUGUUUCUAAUAAAGUCUAUGAACUCAA